UCUGCAGUGAAAACCCUCCUUGUUUUCUGUUGCUAGGCAACCCCAUUCCAGCUGCCCUUGAAGAAAUGUGCGGUGGUGGGAAAUGGUGGGAUUCUGAAGAAGAGUGGCUGUGGCCGUCAAAUAGAUGAAGCAAAUUUUGUCAUGCGAUGCAAUCUUCCUCCCUUGUCAAGUGAAUACACUAAAGAUGUUGGAUCCAAAAGUCAUCUAGUGACUGCUAACCCCAGCAUAAUUCGGCAAAGGUUUCAGAACCUGCUGUGGUCCAGAAAGACAUUUGUGGACAACAUGAAAAUCUAUAACCACAGUUACAUCUACAUGCCUGCGUUUUCUAUGAAGACAGGAACAGAGCCAUCCCUCCGAGUUUAUUAUACACUGUCAGAUGUCGGUGCCAAUCAAACAGUGCUCUUUGCGAACCCCAACUUUCUGCGUAGCAUUGGAAAGUUCUGGAAAACUAGGGGAAUUCAUGCCAAACGCCUGUCCACAGGACUCUUCCUGGUGAGCGCGGCCCUGGGCCUCUGUGAGGAGGUGGCCAUCUUUGGCUUCUGGCCCUUCUCUGUGAAUAUGCACGAGCAGCCCAUCAGCCACCACUAUUAUGAUAACGUCUUGCCCUUUUCUGGCUUCCACGCCAUGCCAGAGGAAUUUCUCCAACUCUGGUAUCUUCAUAAAAUUGGUGCACUGAGAAUGCAGCUAGACCCGUGUGAAGACACCUCACUCCAGCCCACUUCCUAGGGACAGUGGAUAAAGAAGGAACUAAGCCAGGGUAUUUUUGUUAGGUUUUCUACAUGACUGCAAAAGGAAAUGUUCAAGUCAUUUCAUGGGUUUGUCUGGGACGCUUGGAAACCACAACCCAAGGGAAAGUCUACUUGGAAUUUUAGCUUGGAGGACAAAUGGGACUGGAAACAUUCCAUGAAAUGUUUUAUAGCACAUUGUGUAUUUGCAAUGAGUAGCAUUUUGAUGAAAUGAUUUUGGUAAAGCACAUUUACAUGGUUUAAACCUAGAAGGUGCAGUUCACAAACAAGAUGGAACUCUAGUUUUUGAGGCUGAAGAGUUAAGGUAAAAUAAAGGAAAUGCCAGGGCAAACGUGUUACUGAUUAUCAAUAUAAACAGGCUUAAUUUAAAAAAACCUAUUUAUGAAGACUGAUAUUAGAAUCAUAGGUUUUUUAAAAAGUAUUUAUUUUUGCCCUAUUUAGGGACAGUGAGUGGGUAAUGGGGUAGAUUUUAAAAAUUCCCUUAUGGAGUAAUAAGGAUUCAAAACACUGCAGAUGAUAUUGUGAUUUGUUGAACCAAGUCUGUGUUAACUAUAGUCCCCGUCCAUUUAAAAAGUGUUAAAUAAGAAUUGCUUCCUCCCCAUUUGUCAAGUCUACUUAGACAAUGUAAAGCAUUGUUGAUUAUAGACUGUGUUGAUUCAUAGUCUGGAUAACACAAACCACUUUCCCUCCUCCUCAGAAUUAAGGGCAUAAAUUCAAUUUUAGGUCUGCAUUGUAUCAGCCUGUUUGCAUUAUUAUUAUUUUAGUGCACAAAGACUAUAAAUAUGAGUACAUUAUUUAUUUGCAAAUUAUUUACAUGAUUGUCUUCAUAAUUUCAUGUUCAGAGAUAAAGCAAAGCACAAUGAUGUAAAGCUUAGUCUCUGGACUGGACGACUCAUCCCUUGUCUAUCUACCAUGGUAUAUUCACUCGAAGGUAUAUAUGCAUGCACACCUACAAACAUGCAUAUAUUCAUACAUAUUCAUGUACACACACAUACACACACACUUAAAGUUCAUUCCCAUGCAACUCUGAAAGCUGAACCCACGUGACCUGGUAUUUCAAAAAUCUGUAACCAGUGUUGGAGAGGUAGACAUGUAUUAUGUGCUACCCACUACACUUUGAUAUAAGACAUACCAGCUUACUGGUUGCUGCUCGUAAUGCUCAUACCAGCAUGACAUGUAAGCCUUACCCCCAAAACGCUUACCCAAAAUGAGCAGAAUUGUGUUAGUCAUUCUGACUAAAUCACACAAAUGGACCCUGCGUUGAGCAUGGUCACACAAGGCCGGUCCAUACAAGUAAAGGGAUAUGAAUUAGCAGCUAUCUAUUGUCUUAGGAGCAGUUAGGACUACUUAGAAAGCCACUCUACUGACAGGCUACAAGCAGCCAGAUGUGUUUACAUAUAAGAGAAAAGUAAAGGAAGCUUUUCAUUGUGUCUGUGCUUUGGGAAUGCCUUAAUCUAAAAGGAGACACUAGAAAUCACUAUCUUUAUUUUUUUUAAGUAUUACCAAAAUUUAGGUAAACUGUGCCAAAAAGUUGUUUCAUUUUUAAUGGUAGAAAAUUAGUACACAAUAUAGAUUAAAACUGGUGGCAGUUUUUUACCGGUUACUUUAAAAGCUAUGAAGGUAACAAUGCCCUUGGAAAAAACCUACACCAUCAGAAUAGGCAAUUUCUAAAUAAGGUUGAAUAUUGAGGUUAUUGUAGAAAUCAGCAGUUGAAAUAUGACUGGUUGACAUAACACACAUUAUAUUGAUACUUAGAAAGUUAAGAAUUUGAGUAUUGAUUAUAUGCAGAACUGGUUCACUAUUUUUAUCCUAUAUGGCAGCAAAAAUGUAAUGAGAAUGUACUAUUGAGUGAGCUGUGUUAAAUAUUCACUAUAUGUGCAAUCUUGAAUAUACUUCCUCUUUUGAGCUAUUGUUAUUUAAUAAUUACCUUAAAAAGGAAUACAUUUUUACCUAUACACAUCAUCAAAAAUAUAAAAGGACUAACGAAAAACAAAUACAAAUGUUAAUAGAAUAUGUGUCACUCAAAUUAGUGCUUUAAUUGUUAAAAUUGUUACAGUGUCAUUAAUGAGCUCCAUAAAGCCCAUGCAUCACAAUUCCAUUGAAAAUACUAUCUAGAAAUGUUACAUCUUGUUAUGAUUCCUCAGAUAGAUUUGUGCAAUAGAUUUGUAUAACGGCUCAGUCUAUAAAUUUGUGGCUUCUGAUAUGCAAAACAGAAAUAUCCCAAACUGAUAGUGUUUAAUUACACCCGUGCUUCUCACCUGGGGUGAUUUUCUCCCCCAUCUGGUGACAUUUGGCAAUGUCUGGAAACAAAUGUGAUUGUCAUGAUUUGGAGGGUGCUACUGGCAUCUAGACAGGGGUCCUGCCAAAUAUCCACAAGGCACAGGUCAGGUCAGAUCCCCCAUAGCAAAGUAUUACCCAGUCUAAAAUGUCAAUAAUGCCAAAGCUGAGAAACCCCAGAUUAGACUAAAGGGAUAUUUUGAUUGUUCCAUAUUGUCUUCACUUAAGGAUAUACAUACUUGCUGAUGUCAUUCAAAGUAUGACUCCAAUUUAAUGAGAAUAUUUUCUUAGAGUAGAUUACAGUUUGCCAUUACUUUACAGUGACAACUCAUAGUUAUACCACACCUAUUUCCUUUCCUGUGGUUAGAUAGAUUUAUCUAAACCUAGGGUUGUGAGUGUCUGUGCUUAUGUGUGUGUGUGUGUGUGUGUGUGCAUGUGUGUAGAAUAACAUGCAUCUCUAUCCUUACUAAAAAUACAUGUGUCCCUAAGUGAGGCUCUCUCUAGAGUUAUCUUGCAGAGUACUCUGGUAUACUCUAUUACUAUUAAGAAAUCGAAUUCUAAACUUUCAUUAUUUUAUUUUGUUUUUCUGAAAAGGAGGCCUUUGGAAUUGUGCCUCAUACUUUGUCAAAUUUGGUCAAUGACAUUUUCAUAUUACUGACCCUUAAGAUUCAGCUCAGUGAUAUUCAGGUUAUGGUAGACAUGCAGUAAGAAAUAGUUCAUCACUUUCGAUGCAUCUGCCAAGAGAGGACAUAACCCUCUAACAUUAGUCUAAUUUUUAAAGUGAUUUUAGUGACAAAAAUUAGGUUGCUCAACAGGAGCAAUAGAGGAGGUGAUGGGACUGAAAAUGAGGACCUGAUGAGACUUUGUGUUAGCUGUAUUAGCUCGCAUUUGAGAACUGUAUUGAUGCUAAGGGUCAUGAAUGAGGAUGAGCUCUCUCAUUUUAAUUACACUUCAGUAAAAUUAAGAUAGGUGAAGGAUUAAGUCAUUCCAUAAGAAAGGAAAACAAUUUUUCACAUGAAAAGUUUUCAUAUGGAAGAAGACUUUAGACACAUAAGCUUUAUAUACAGAGUAUUUGACCAUCAGCUUAUAUAAUGUUGUGCAUCUAAACUGCAAUUAAUUCGAGAAGUUUAGGAUUACUUCCUGGAUUUUGUUUCUGUUCAGUUCACUUUUAGCUAUUUCAACAAAGGUAAAUGAUCCAAAAUGGCAGCUGUUUUGACAAUACUCUGUGUUGGGCUUUGUGAGAUCUCAUGCCCUUUUCUUGGCUAAAAACUUUGUUUAAGUUAAAUAUAAAUUGUACCUGGAGCAAUUGAGAACAUGGCUUAAAAAUCUACUUGGAAUAUAAUUGAAGGAACUCUAGGAUUUUAAAUUUGCCAAAAAUAUUCUUAGAUCAAUCAAAAGCUUUACAGUACUAUUAUAGAUGAUUCCAAAUGGAAAAGAUAUCAGUGACAUUUCUUCUUGUCAGCAACCAUAGUAGUUAUAUACUUUAUUAUAUAAAUCUCUCAUUUCUUUGUUUGGAAAGUCAGUCAGCUAUAGCUUUAAUUUUCAUGUUUGAAAAUGUUAACAUUGUGAAACUUUUAACUGACUAAUCCUUAUGAGGAGGGACCUAAGAGGAAGAAACAUCAUAGUCUACUGAAAACUUCAGUAGAUUCUUAUUGUGUUUUAUGAAAUCUUUCUCACUAGAACCAGGUAAUAUCUGUUCUAUGUUUGCAGGGUUCCAAAUACCAAAGCUAUAAGGACUUUUGUGGGAACUUGGGAACAGGUAUGUGAAGAAAUAAGGACUGAAAGCAACACUGUGUUUUGUGUUUUUUCAUCUUCCCAAUGUAGAGGUUGACACUCUGAUUAUAUGACUGUUGGUGGGUACACAUCAGGGCUGGAAUUGAGUAAACAACUCCAGGUACCUACAACUUAAAUCAUGCUUCUAAAGAAGUCAGCAGUAACUAUUAACUAAACAUGACUAGUAAUUUGGGCAACUUCAGUUCUCUGUGCGCUAGGGAGAGGAUUAGGCAAAUGGAAAGGAGAAGAUAACCCGACUCUUACGCAUAGGAUCAGAGAAGUCUCUGCCCUUGACCUUGGUUUUCCAUCACUUUUUAUCUCUGUCCAAUACCAUGGAAACUGACCUCAUUCUGGGGCUGAGCUAGUAGCCUUGUGACUAGAGAGCUGGUGUGGGAAUUUGCUGAGAAGCUUAAAAUUUUACAUUGCCUUAAACAGGGUUUUUUAUUGUUGAUUUUUUUUUCUUGUGCUCUCUAAAUUUGGGUGUCUUGUGACAGAGUUCUGGUCACCCUAACCUAAUUAUGGCCCCGCCAUUGAUUAUUAAAAGUGGAGCUUCCUCCCUACCCCUCCCCCCCCCCGAUUCAGAUGGAUUUUCUGACUUUGAAGGUAGGGAGAUAGCACAUAUUCCACCAGUUUCUAUAGAGCCUCUUUGAAAGCCCUGGAGAUGAACCCAAAGGAACCCCAAAUCCUAGAGUGUCUGUGUAUAAGCUCCUAAAUGUGAGGCCAUAAUAUUUAUUAAUACGUUGAGCGUGUGGAAGGAAACAUACAUAUAUGAAUCUACAAUUGCCAUAGCCUUUUUUCUUCCUAUCAUAAGAAAAUGGAUACUAUUGGUGUUACCUUCAGCCUAGUCUUGUCUUUUGAAUUUUUUUUACAUACACCUCAGAGAUGAGAGACUGAAGCAAAUGCAUGAAUGGGAAGCUCAUUCAAAUACAACAAAACCUCUGCUUGUCAUUGCAAUAAGAAAAAAAAAUAUAUGUGGUUCUGUUUCCUUCUAGUUUUCUUCUGGUGCCAGCAUUUCUGAUUUCUUCUAUCUCUAACAAAUAAGGAAUAAAUAACUUAUAAAUUGGCUUCUAAUACCUGUGAGCAUUUGUGUGAUAGCCAAAGCCCAUAACUAUUACUUUUUUAAAACAUAAAAAAGGAAUUAUAUUUUGUUUAUGGCCACUCAUUUACUACCUCCUCUGUGUUCUUGUUCAUCUAUACACAUUGUUCUGAACUUCUUUCUGAUUUUGCUUUCCUGUGAAACUGUGGGAUAUCAAUGUUGCAAAGUUGUGUAGGCGUUUCAGAGAAAAUACCCGCAUGUAUCGAUCAUGUCUCUUUCUGCUUCGAUGGUAGAUUUUCUCCAGAUAUUUGUCAUUGUAAAAGUGUAUGCUUCACAUGAUACCAGUAAACACCUACAGAUGUGGUUUUAUCUAGGGCAGAGAAAAUCAGGAGUCAAAUAUGUCUGUUUUUCUCUGCACAGUAAGAGAAAGGAAGAAUUGUAGUAUAUAAAAAAAAAAGGGUUUAACCAAAAAGAAAAAAAAAAGAAAAAGAUAAACAUCAGGGUUUUAAUUGUGAAGGACCAUUGGGAGGGAUCUGAGAAGGUAGCUAAGCAGAGAGCACACAGUGCAGUCCCCAAAAUAGAACCUUUGCAAACAUUUUAAAGGAAAUAUAGUGUCAUGCUGUUGUUAUGACUAACGAUGAGAGAUGCUGGAGGAAGCAGUGUGAGAGCCAGAUUGUGAGCCAAUUAGGGAGGAAAACAGAAGAGGGGCAUCCGUUCACCUACCAUGAACCCCCGCCCCCCGGUCUAAAUGCUUCUCCCCUUCCUGCCCCUCCACAAGUUGUGAUCUUGGUAUUUGAACCUGAGUAUGCAAAUACUCCUAUUUUCAUAUCCCCUUUUCAUUUCCAUUUUGACUCAUACUUCCAAAACAAGAUUAUCUAGAUCUCCUGUCAUUAUGAGGCAGCAGUAGUAAGAAGUGUCACCUUGAACUUGACCCUUUGAAACAUGGUCACCUUAUGCUAUGCAUAGUGAGAAUUUAAAAGCUUUAGUCCCCUGCUCCCACAAUUACUUCAGUAAGAGGCUUUUAUAUUAAUUAUGAUGUAAGCAGAAUUAGAUGCAUUUCCUCUCCUAUAUUCUAGCGCGCGCGCACACACACACACACACACACACACACACACACACACACACACACACACACACACACUUUGCGUUAUUUAUGCCCAUUGAAAAGAGAAAGAUGACUGACCUGGUAGGGGGUGGCAGAGGGUGCCUUAACUUUUUCUGGCUUGGCUCCCAGUUUCUUAUCUAUUUCCUUCAUGUAUCCGGGUCACUUUAGAGGUGUAACCAUGUCUGUUCCAAGUUGUAUCUUUACCAUCAGCAAGAACUCUUAUAAAUGUAGUGAAUGUGACUAUUUUAUAUAAAUGCACAAUAGCAUAUAGGCCUUGGAGACAUCUGAUAAUAGUAUGUAAAUAUCCCUUGUUGAAGUAGUAGAACCUUCUCAGAAGGAACACCUUAGGUGAUAGCUGCAAGAGGGUGCGUAGGCUAAGAAUGUUUUCUCCUGUGAAUUCUAGCAUUCAUGGAAGCAAAGAAUCAAUUUGCUUCUGUUUCUCCUUCAUUCUUAAGCGCCAAUCCCUUGGGCUUUCUUGUUGGUAGAUCCCUUCAUAAUAUACAGGAUUCACAAUUUGGAGUGAUUGAUAGCCACUCGGGUACAUCAGAGGCACUAGAAUGAAGACUGCGAGAACAGACAAGGAUAGCUCCAUUACAAAGAUUGCCUCAUUUUUAAAAAGUCUGGAAUAUUUCUAGAACUCUAGUUACCAUACAGCAUAGUUGGUCGGAAAAGCAUUGGUAAAGAAAGUUUCUCUUUGAUCUCUGAUAUGAUUAAUGCACAUUAUAUAUUAUUCUGCAGAUCGUGCAAGCUGUUUUUCAAGAGCAAAUUUGCAGAGUCUGGAGGUAAGAGAAAAAUAGAAAAAAAUCAAAUAUUCUUCUUUCUCAGUGUAGUCUGACUACCAGUCCAUGGUACAAUAAUUCUGGAACAGAUUUUAGAUUAUACUAUUAAAUGAAAUCACCUUUGAAGUGUACAUGGGAAUACUUCUUCCUAAUAAAGCCACAUUCCACUGGCAGGAGGUGUGGGGAAAAUCAGUGUUCUUUAUUUUUCUUUUAUUUUUUGUUGUUUAAAAAAGAGUUUCAAGUAAAAUGGAGCAGGUAAGAAAAACCUUAAUUGGUACUUUUGACAGUGUGACUUGAAAGAUCAGUACCUAUCUCUUGGUUCUGCUGAGUCAUUUCUUGCCACAGAAUCUAAAGGUGAUGUCAUAGGAGGAGGUUUGCUGUAAAAACAUGUCUUUUUCUUUGGUGUGUUCAUUGUAAUUAUGGCUGGUAGUGAGAAGGUUCAGUGAGUCUCAAUUUCUCUACCUCCCUUACUUGGAGAAAAUUUGGAAAUGUACCCUGUGAAUAAAAUGAUUUUUUAAAUAGCUUGUGAAGUCUUUUUAUUUCCCAGAAGCCUAUGGGUAAUCUUAUUCCCUUUUCUAUUCCUCCUUUAUUUUGUAUCGAUGUCAGCUACACUGAUAUUUUUUUUCUUCUUCUUCUGGAUGAAAACUCAUGCUGCUUAGUGAGAAAAUUACUUUAGAAAUACAGAAUUACAAAUUCUAUAAAUAGACUAUAAGAACACCAGUGGUACCUUUUAUGUAUGUGAAAGGAACUAUCUAUUGGGCAAAGUAAAAUAGAAAGAAAAUUGGACAUUUAUUUGGUAUGACAUAUGUACAUGAGUCUUUUCCAGCGAUAAAAUGUUUCCUUUAUGUAAUGAGUCAAUGUCAGUAAGUGUGUCCCGGAGAUAAUUUAAUAAACCCCUAACAAGAUUAAAAACA